GCACAGGUAAAAGCUCUCUCUCGUUUCUUUCAGACCCCAAAAGGCAAAGCAAAGCUCAAAAAUGAAGCUCUUCAGUUGGAUGCACAGUAAGCUUAAUGGCAAUAAACAAGCUAAUGGUAACAAAAAACCAAACACAGCUUCAUCUACUCAUCAUAUGAAACAAGAUUCAAGAGAGGAAUUCAGCGAUUGGCCACAUGGGUUGCUAGCAAUUGGAACUUUUGGCAAUAACGAAAUAAGUUCAUCAGAAAAUCUUGAAAUUCAAAAUGUUCAAGAAAACCAAAAUGUUGAAGAAGAAGAAGAAGAAGAUCCAUCUUCCUCUGAGGAUUUACGAGAUUUCACACCUGAAGAAAUUGGAAAAUUACAAAAAGAGUUGACAAAGCUUUUAACAAAAAGACCAACCUCUGAUAAAGAAAAGGAAGUUGCUAAAACCCUUCCACUGGAUAGAUUUCUCAAUUGUCCAUCAAGCUUGGAAGUUGACAGAAGAAUCAGUAAUACAGUUACAAGUGAUAUGGAUGAUAAUGAAGAAGAUAUUGAGAGGACGAUUAGUGUUAUACUUGGUAGAUGCAAAGAUAUUUGUGAGAAAAAUAAAAAGAAAGCAAUUGGAAAGAAAUCAAUCACUUUUCUUCUCAAGAAGAUGUUUGUAUGCAGAAGUGGGUUUGCACCACAACCCAGUUUGAGGGAUCCUCUUCCAGAAUCAAGAAUGGAAAAGCUUUUGAGAACAUUGCUUCACAAGAAGAUUAACCAUCAAAAUGCUUCCGGGGCAUCAUCAAUGAAGAAAUAUCUUGAAGAUAAUAAACAAAUAUCAAACAAGGAAAAAGAGAAAGAGAAGGAAGAUGAGAGGAGAACUAAAACUUAUGAUGGGGGUAAAUGGGUGAAGACAGAUUCUGAAUAUAUCGUUCUAGAGAUUUAAGAUGGCCUAGACUUAUUCUAAGAAUUCAUAUUACAAGAUUCAACUCGAUUUGAGAAGUGAAAUGCUUGGGGAUUAUGAUUAUACAUGCAUGCAGCAAUAAUAACAGCUAAAAUAUAGUGUGGAUCUUGAGGACCACUAAAUUAAAGACUUAAUGAAGAAUGCUCUACACUUUUCUUGUCUGGGCCUUACCUUCUUUUUUUUUCAUGGUUGCAUCUGAUAAGUAGUUUCAGUGCAAUACAUGUUAAGAAACAUACAGUCCAAGGAUUUCUCUGUAGUCUGUACUGGCAAAAGCUAGACAUUCUCUACAUUUUUUGUCCUGUUUAAUAACACUUUUUUCUUUUCUAGCUAAGUUUGAUCUUUGUAAUAUAUUUUAACAUGAAUAAUAUUUUGCUAAGACAUUAUUACAUUACUAGUUCAUCAA